AUGGCCAAAGCCAGGCAGUCCCCAAACCCCAUUGAGAUUACAGCAUUGAGAGCCAAACUCCCCCUGCAGCAGGGAACACAGGUGAGUCAAGGAGCUGGGCAAUGGGGGCAGACAUCCCCAGACAAGACCUGGAAGUAUCUCUGCCUCAUCAUGUCCCUGAUCCUGCUUCUCACGGUCAUUAUCUUCAGUGUGGUCCUGUCUGAAGUCUUGAAGAGGACAAAGCAAGCGCAGAAGGAAGUCUUUCUACUGAAUGAAAAAGUAACUCAGUGACUGGGGGAUGUCAGGCACGACCAGGACUUCAUCUGGGGCAAAGUGUUCCAACAAAUGAAGGCUGUACUGGCAGGCAAUGAAUCCUCUUGUGAGCCUUGCCCCCCAGACUGGAAGGUCUUUCAGGGCUCCUGCUACUUCUUCUCCCCAAACAACCUCACCUGGACCCAGGCUAAUGAUUCUGGUGUCCAGAAGCAAGCUCACCUGGUUAUCAUCAACCGCUGAACAGAACAGGACUUCCUGACAUCAACUGGGCAGGUGACAUCCUGGAUAAACCUCUUCAAAGAGGACCAGAAAGGCAACCAUAGGUGGGUGGAUGGCUCAACCCCCACUUACAUCAACUGGGACUCCAAGAAGCUACAUGAUAAUGUAACUGCCCCAGCCCGCAUGAUGAUGCACAGCUAUGGACACUGGGGUGACUUCUCUUGUGAAUUAGGGAGAUUUGCUUUCAUUUGUGAGAGGCGGCCGAACUGCUGA